CUAUGUCACCAGGAGGAAGCCUCCCGCGCGCCCGGUUGUUGUGUACACUUUGGAAAGAUCUCCAGGGGACCCGAAACACCAGGAGGCAGCGAGAGGAAGAAAGAGAGAGAGGCGCGAGACGGCGGGGGCAGAGAAAAGGCUGAGCCUCUGCAGAUCCCAGAUGGGGAACGGCAGAGUCCCCCAAGGCGAGGCGCAGGCAGAGCUGCAGCUUGCGGCAGCUCUCCAAAAAGGGAAGGCGCGCGCGUAAUUUGGCAAGGUGCGGGCGCCCGCUGAAUGGCGACGCCUCCUAAGUCUUGCCUCGGAUUGAGAAGCGCCCGCUUGGCUUUUUCCGGUCGGAAUGAACUGAGCCUGAAACGGACCAGCCUCGGGUAAAGAAGGGAGAUAGAGGUGAAAUCGACAAGUCAAAAGGAGGGACCCGCACGUGGCUGACGCCUGUUUGUUAGUUCCCACCCAGCAGCCCCCGGCUUUCCACCCACCCUCCUCGCCUUCUGGGUGCGCACCUGUCAUGAUCAUGAAGGAGACGGGCGACUCCAAGGACCAGCAGCUCACGGUGGCUCUUCGCAUACGGCCGGUCAGCUUGGCAGAGCUGGAAGAAGGAGCCACGCUCAUAGCUCACAAAGUGGAUGAUCAGAUGGUCGUUCUGAUGGACCCAAUGGAGGACCCUGAUGACGUGCUCCGCGCCAACCGCUCACGAGAGAAGUCCUAUAUGUUUGAUGUAGCCUUUGAUUUUGCUGCUACCCAGGAUAUGGUCUACCGUGCCACCACCAAAGGCCUCAUUGAAGGUGUCAUCUCUGGCUACAACGCUACUGUUUUUGCCUAUGGCCCCACUGGCUGUGGAAAGACCUAUACCAUGCUUGGCACAGACAAUGAACCUGGCAUUUAUGUGCGAACGCUCAACGACCUCUUCCGUGCUAUCGAGGAGACCAGUGACGACAUGGACUACAAGGUGUCUAUGUCCUAUUUGGAGAUCUACAAUGAGAUGAUCCGGGACCUGCUGAACCCCUCCCUGGGCUACCUGGAUUUACGUGAAGAUUCCAAAGGGAUAAUCCAAGUGGCUGGCAUCACGGAAGUGUCUACCAUCAACGCUAAGGAGAUCAUGCAGCUGUUGAUGAAAGGCAAUAAGCAGCGUACCCAGGAGCCCACAGCGGCCAACCGGACUUCCUCGCGCUCCCAUGCUGUGCUACAGGUGACUGUGCGCCAGAAGAGCCGCGUCAAGAAUAUUAUGCAGGAGGUGCGCGUGGGGCGGCUCUUCAUGAUCGACUUAGCUGGCUCGGAGCGGGCCUCUCAGACGCAGAACCGCGGGAAGCGAAUGAAGGAAGGCGCUCACAUCAACCGCUCCCUGCUGGCCCUUGGCAACUGCAUCAAUGCGCUCAGUGACAGGGCAGGGGUCAAAUAUGUCAAUUACCGGGAUAGCAAGCUCACCCGCCUCCUGAAGGAUUCACUAGGCGGGAACAGCCGAACGGUAAUGAUUGCUCACAUCAGCCCUGCCAGCAGUUCCUUUGAGGAGUCACGCAGCACCCUGACCUAUGCAGAGCGUGCCAAGAGCAUCCGCACCACGGUAAAGCGUAACCUUCUUAAUGUCUCAUAUCACAUCGCCCAGUACACAAGUAUCAUUGCUGACCUACGUAGUGAGAUUCAGAGGCUGCAGCGCAAGAUUGAACAGCAAGAGCCACGCCCAAUGCGGUCCGACAUCCGCAGUAUACAAGCUGAAGUGCAACUCCAGGGCAACCCCUUUGAGAGGCAGGAGAUGGACCAGCUGAGGGAGCAGCUGAUCAGCACCUUCCGGGAACAAAUGGACGUGCGGCGCCACCUCAUGGAGCUAGAGAACAAUUACAUGGAGAUCCAGAUCGAGAGCUCUCGACACCUCCUGGCCAUUGCUGAUUGGGAGCAGGAGAAGGCGCGGCGGGCCCAGAAGUGGCGAGAGGAGCAGAGGAAGGAGAGCUACAGCAAAGAUGAAAGCGAGAAGGACUCCGACACUGGGGACGACCUGUCGGAUGUGCCGGAGCCGCAGGAAGUGACGUUAGCCCGGGAACACAUUGCAGCCCUCCUGAGGGAGCAGGAUAAACUUCACAAGCAGAAGACAGAGCUGGAGAGGCGGUUCUGGGAGGUCCGUCAGCGUGGGCACCGGCUGGAAGAGGCUCUGCCCUGGCGCAUCAGCUCCGAAGAGCAGCGGGAGGUUCUGAGCCUGCUCUGCAAGGUCCACGAGCUGGAGGUAGAGAACACGGCCAUGCAGUCGGGGGCCCUGCUGAAGGACAGCCUCAUCCGCCACCAGGAACGGACCGUGCGCCGCUUCGAGCGCCACCGCAGCCUUUGCCACCGCAUCAUCCACGAACAGCGGCAGAUCAUCCAUGAGUCUCAGCUGUCGGUGCCAUCCCACCUAGAAGAACUGUAUCAAGCCUACUUGCAUGAGCUGGAUGAGGGAGGCUUGGACCGUGUUGCUGCCAUUGACCGAGCGGCCGCCCGGGCCCUCAAGGACACCUCUGUGCCAAAGCUCCCCCCGCUCCCGGUGGAAAGUAUGCUGGACUCUGACCAAGAGAGUGUAAGGACCCUGGGCUCUGAGUACCAGCAGCCGCCACGGAGGGAUUCCCGAAGGGGCACUCUCCCACCCCUUGUCCCCGAGCCAGACAGCAGUGAAGCAAGCCAGGUGUUCAAGGCCAGCCCUCGAGCCCGGCAGAUCAAGAAUUCAGCAGUAGUGACACCGCCUCCUAUCCAUGUCAACGGCAUGAUCACUCAAGAGUAUGUGCCUCGAGAGAGUUUGGUAAGCCUGAGUAGCCAACGAAAUUCCUCCCCUGACAGCAGUGACCACUGCUCUGACGGUAUCCUGCCGCACGGAGAGCGCAAAGAGAUAGCGAGCGGCACCAAGAGCAUCGCAGUGAAGGCUGCCCGGCGCCGCUCCCGGGUGCUGGAGUACGACCGGAGGAACCUGCUGGAGCCGACCAAGGAGCACAGCAGCCUCUCCCUCCACUCUCUGAGCGAGAGCGAGGACCCCCUGUGCCGAGAGACCCCAGCCCUUUGCCAGCCUGCCAGCCCAGGCCUGCAGCACGCCGUCAGCGAGGACAACUUGUCCAGCAGCACUGGCGAGACCGUGCCAGGAAGGAACGGCCCCAGGCGCUCCCCUGGGCCGUGGCUCCGGGUCAGCAAAAAGGGAAACAAGAAGCUUGAGAAGAGGGAAGAAUCGCUAGAGGCCAAGAGGAGGAAGAGAAGGUCUCGCUCCUUUGAGGUCACCGGCCACAGGCUCCCGUGUCCGAAGAACAAUGUUGCCCGCCGUCAUCCGCUGGAAAGCAGUUCUGAACACAAGAUAACGGCCGCUGGAGGGACUCACAACACCCGGGGAAUUGGGAGGGCAGCCGUGCAGUUGUCCAGAGUGAGACUUCUACAGGCCCAGCCAUCCUCAGGUCCUGCUGAGGCCUCCUCUCUCUCAGUCCCCUCCAACCAAGGUGGCAUCUCCAAGAAAAACUUCCAGCCCAGCCAGCGCCCUCCACGGCUGAACUAUAUCACAGUUAAUGGCACCAACCCUCACUGCAAAGAUGGCAGGAACCGGCGAUGCUGAGAACUGAGGGGACACAAGCAGGUUGAGAAGCCCCGGGGAGCUGCCUCUGGUGCUCAGUCGGAUGGCAAAGUGGCCAAAGACAUUGCAGGAAGGUGGCUUAUUGCAGAAAGGAUGACCCAAAGGAAGACUCCACCCAACUGAUUGUGGGUGCUCCUGCCAGGGAUUCAGUUUGCCCCCAAAGUCUUAACAGACUCCAAGACUGAUCCCCCAGACUCCAAUAAGUAUCUCUCUGGAUGGGCAUAAAAACAUCUAUCCAUCUGGUACGGUAACUGAGAGGAGCCAGAGGUCUCCUUCCUCCGCAAGCACAGAUAUCUAUUUUAAAUGGAAGCGCUUGUGGCUAUGUUGUGCCUUUAUGCUAGAGGAGAACACACAAACUGGGUGACCCUAUAGGGAGAUGGGUUGCUGUUAGUGCUGUGUGCAUGCUAUAUUUCUGCAUAGUCAAGUACAGUUCAGUCUUUUAAAACUUUCCAGAACAUCCCUCUGGGGGUAGGAACACGAAGGGGGUGACACUUGGAAGCCACACAGCUUCAGGUCAUGACCAUGCGGGUGGGAAGCAAUGGUAAACGCCUGAUGUGGUUGGCUGUCUUCCAACAAGGGGCAAUAAGACUGUUCGCCAACCUGAAACCAUCGCUGAAUACGUGGAGGAAUGAUACAGACCUUUGAGAUCACACACAGCAUUUCUGGCGAGUCUCCCGUUGGGUUGGAUACUCUAUGGCUCUUUCUUCAUGAGAACUGGCAACUGGUUUUGAAAAAUGCGUACAUUGGAGUUGAGAAAUGUUGACUUUUGUAUAUCCCGUGAACUGUGGCAAGGUAGCGUGGGGAAGAAAAUAGAACCAUGCAUUAUCCAAUACCAACCUCAAGCCAUUUCCAGAGA